UUUUAGGUUAUAGUUGUUGAUGUAGACUAGAAAUCGUUGGAUUCAUGUGCCAGAGCUAUACGGUAAAGAGUAAAUGAAUAACUAACAAAGGGGGAAAACCUGCCGCUUGGCAAUCAGCAAAUGGCAUUGGGAAAUGGGGGAUUCAGUUUGACCACCGCAGCUGUCCGCUUUGGCGGCGGAGAUACGGGGCGGCGGUCUUCAAUUUUGCACCCACAAUUUUCGUUUUAACAGUUUUCAACCCUCGUAGUUUGUGUCGAUCAGUCAUCAACUCAACACGUUUGCUCAUCCUAAUCUCAAUUCAGCUUACUGCUAACUACUCUUACCCUUUUCCAAUCACAGACGUGUCACUUUCCUGCUACUCACCGUCUCGCCACGUCUCUCUCUCUCCCUCUCCUACAAUGUUUUCGCUUUUUUUUAGUAUUUCUUUUUCUGUUUAAAGCUCUAGUCUUGAAAUCUCUAAUUCCCCAAUAGCUCACCACCACUAGCCGCUCUGCCUUUCGUCUUCUCAAGAUUCAUCAAUUCUGUUGCCCCAGAAUUCACUAUUUGGUCUCAAUUUCAGAGGUUGUUUUCAUUAUUGAACUUUGUCUAUGUUGAGAUGGUUUCGGUGUGCUGUGAAAUCGAAACGGUUGCAACGUUGUGGAAUUGAUCGAUGGCUCUGUUGGUGUCUGCAUUAGUGGGAUUGGUACUAAGGCCUCUCUUACUAGCAAAGCUAUCUUGCCAAGUCGGGGCGCGAGGCCUCUGCUUCGUUGUGUUGACGUGGUUGGAGGUGUUGAGAUAUGCUCUCUGCCUGCAUUUUGUUAUCCUAUGGAGGCUUGCAAUCUGGGGUAUGGCGGUUCUGUCCCUUCCCGUACGAGCAUUCAGUGCGUUGUAUAGGGAGAGAAUGCUAGAGAUGCAACUCCAUCGACUGAGAAAUGAAAUGGAAGAUGUUCUUUUCGAUGCUAAGGAGCUAGAAGAGAAACUCCACGAGGCCAUAGAAGAACGUUCAACAAUUGAGAUGUUGGUUAUAGAACUCGAGAAAGAGCACGACGAAGCCAUCCUUAAGAUUAAGCUACUAGAAGGGGAGGUCCAGAAUCUGAAGGACGAAGCACAACGAUUGAAGGAGAUUCAAGGGAAAAUUCUCUCUAGCUACAUGGGUCAAGACGGCCGCCAUCUCACUAUCACUCAUAACAUCGGUAAAUCACCUUACAGACUUGAUUAUGACAGAGAAGAAGUGACUGAAGAUGUUUCCAAGGAUGAGAUGAGGAUGUUUGCGCAGAUAAUCUCAAAGGAGUACAGUGUUCUAGCACGAGAGAGGAAGGUAGCGCUAUCUCGAAGCCUAUUUAGCAUGUUGCUAUCCCUCGUGGUUGGUUUAAUCGUCUGGAAAGCCAAAGCUCCGUGCACGCCUCUAGUAAUGGCUCUUUUUGUCGUUGUCACCUUGUCGUUGCGUAGCGUUCUCCAGUUAUGUGCACGGGUUGAGCAUAAACCCGCAUCAGAGUCCCUCGCCCUCUUGAGCAUCAACUGGUUUAUACUUGGAACUUUAGCUUAUCCCAUGUUUCCAGUGGUGGCUCGUUUCUUGGCUCCGGUGGCUUGAGUUUUCUACAACGAGCUCUUGAGUAGCGGCCGUGGGUUAUAGUCUUCGGUUUUGGAAGUUCUCGCAAAAGUGUCAGUGUUCGGUUUUCUCGUCUUGUUUGGAGCAUGGUUUGGUUGAGGUUUGUACUAAUAUGGUUUGCUAUAUAGAGGUGAUUUAAAAUGUUGUACUUUUAUUCUAACUAGUUUAAAUUAUUCUAGUUUUAUUCUAA